AUGUCUCGUUUCUUCGCAGCCAAUUACGAAUAUGAAAGUGGAAGUUCCUCUUCAGAAGAGGAUCUUUUGUCAUCAGCAUCAGAUGAAAUGUUAUCGUCUUCUGAUGAAGAAGGUGGCGAAUCCGACGAUUCGUUGUUUCAAGAAGGAUCUGAAAGUGAAUCUGAUGUCGAAUCUGAUGACUCAGAUUCCAAACCAUACGGUCCAGAUUGGUUUAAAAAGCCAGAGUUCAGAAAAGGUGGUCCUUCAGGCGGCAAUAAGUUCCUAAAGGGAGCUAGUUAUUCAGACUCUGAAGAAUCUGAUGAUGAAGGUAAGAAGGUGGUCAAAUCUGCCAAGGAAAAAUUAUUGGAUGAAAUGCAAAUGGUUUAUAACAAGAUUGAAUCUGCUUCGAUGAUCAAUGAUUGGGUGACGAUUUUAUCAGAAUUUGACAAUAUCUGCCGUUUGUUAAUCAGAGCUCAACAACAGAACUAUGGUACUCCAAACAUUUUCAUCAAGGUUUUGGCUCAAGUGGAAGAUACUGUCGCCAGUACCUCACAACAGGAGCUUAAGGGUAAAUCUGCCUCGAGAGCUUACAAUACGACGAAGCAGAGAGUUAAGAAGUCAGCAAGAGAAAAUGAAACUGUUCUGAGCAAAUUUAGAGAAAGUCCAGAAUCAUUUGAUAAGGAACCAACCGUUGAAGUCGAUGCAACAACAGUUACAACGAGUGGUGGCGAAACUCCAACACCAAUAUUUGGUAGCAAGAAAUCUUUGAACUUAUCCUCAGUGGCCAGUGCGUCAUCCGAAGCUGGUUUCUUCUCUGCGCUACGUAUCGUGAUAGAUUCAAGAGGUAAGAAAAAUGUGGACCAAGUUGCUCUAAUCAAAACCUUGGAAGAAUUGAUGGAUAUUGCAAAGACUCCUUAUGAAACCAUAAUGGCAUAUUUGAACUUGGUGCCCAUUAGAUUUGACCUAUCAGCAAACCUUUCUUAUCAACCCGUUGACCAGUGGAAAUCUUCUUACAAUGAUAUCGUUAAAUUGGUAACAAUUUUGGAACAAAAUAUUGACACCUAUCAAUUAUCCGAGUUGGCACCAACAAACGAUUUCAUUGAAGACCAACCUGAAGCUGAUGGAAACGGUGUUAGACAAAUUUUGGGUUCAAUCUUUUCAUUCGUGGAGAGAUUAGAUCAUGAAUUCAACAAAUCCCUUUUGAACACUGAUCCUCAUUCAAGUGACUAUUUGUACCGUUUGAGAGAUGAGCAAGAUAUUUACAAUUUGAUCCUGCGUACACAACUAUAUUUGGAAGCUACUCUUCCGGAGGAUAGUAAGGAGGCUUAUUUGGCACGUCCAUUUGUCAAGAGAUUAGAUCACAUCUAUUACAAACCAAUUAAGUUGAUUAGCAUAAUGGAAUCUAAUGCUUGGAAAGAGCUUCCAUCAAAUUGCUCCUCUCAAUUCAUAUCUUACCCAGGUAACGCAGAUCAAGAGUACGUGACUAAACUGGUACACACUCUUGCUGAAAGCUUACGUCAAAAUAAGAGUGGUGGUCUGCGUAAACGUGCAGUCUUGUAUCAAGUCUAUUUCACCGCCUUCAACAACGAAUUCAGUGCUGCUAAGGAAAUGUUGAUAAAUUCAAAGGUUCAAUCUCAUAUCAACAAUUCAGAUCCUUCGCUACAAAUUUUGUUCAACAGAGUUGUCGUUCAAUUGGGUCUAGCUGCUUUCAAACUUUGUCUCAUUGAAGAUUGUCAUCAAAUUUUGAAUGAAUUGUUGUCGAGUUCACAUUUGAGAGAAAUUUUGGGUCAACAGACUUUACAAAGAAUCACCGCUAACGUUGGUACUUCAAGUGCAGAUGAACGUGAACAGUUAUGUCUACCAUUUCACCAGCACAUUAACCUAGAUUUAAUCGAUCUUGUCUUCAUGACUUGUUCACUAUUAAUCGAAGUUCCUCAAAUGACUGCAUUCUAUUCCGGAAUUAAAGUCAAAAGAGUUCCCUACUCUCAAAAAUCAAUUCGUCGUGCCCUUGAGCAUUACGACAAGUCUAGCUUCCAAGGCCCUCCAGAAAGUUUAAGAGACCACGUUUUGCACGCUGCAAAAUGUAUGCAAAAGGGUAACUGGCAAAAAUCUGUUGAGUUCCUAAGAAGUGUACCCACUUGGUCUCUACUACCCAAUGCUGAUUAUGUUUUGGAUAACUUAACUGAAAAGGUCCAAAUCGAAUCCUUAAAAACUUACUUUUUCACCUACAAGAGAUUUUACUCCAACAUUUCUAUUCAACAAUUUUCCAAGCUUUUCAGUUUGCCUGAGGAAAAGGUCCUAAAUGUACUAGAAUCUGUUAUGAAAGAAUACGCUAUAAAUGCCAAAUUAAAUGAUGAGAAAACUUUUGUUGUAGUAGAGAAGGGAGAAGAAAUUACCAAGUUGGAAGAAGUCGCAUUGAAGUUGAACAAAGAGGUUAAAAUCGCUAAGGAACGCUUGAACCCUACUGGUCCACGUCGUUAA